UUUAAAGCGGAGGCAUAAACCAUGUAGGGUGAAUCGCCAACUUCCUUUUUUACUGUGGCCGCCAUACCGUGAGGAGCGUGGUUCCCGGCGAGCCGAAAAUAACUACCGAAAAUGGCUUGUGCCCGACCCCUCAUCUCGGUGUAUUCCGAGAAAGGAGAAUCCUCAGGCAAAAAUGUUGUCAUGCCUGCAGUGUUCAAGGCCCCUAUUCGCCCUGAUGUGGUGAAUUUUGUGCACACCAACAUGCGCAAGAACAACCGCCAGCCUUAUGCAGUCAGCGAACUGGCAGGCCACCAGACCAGUGCAGAGUCCUGGGGUACAGGAAGAGCUGUGGCCCGUAUCCCUCGUGUGAGAGGUGGUGGUACUCACCGUUCUGGCCAGGGUGCUUUUGGAAACGUAUCCUCUUGAUGAUUACAAGAGUUUUUCCCACUUUGUAAUAUGUAUAC